AUGCUCUGCUAUCGCAGCAGCGGUUCAGACCUCGAACAUGCAAUCAACCUGUCUGUUCAAGCUGUUACCUCAAAAGCGUCUGCUCGUGAUGGCAUGAUCCGUGAGCUGGCAUCCUACGUGGAACUCAUGGUUUUCCAGGUGCGUCUCUCUGUUUGCCACCUUCUACCUUUUGUCCGUGCUCAUCCCGUCGUGUCAUGGGGCCCUGCCAGCAGCUUCUCAGCGGCUAGCGGCGGUUCUGACGGGCGAUCCUACAAACCGGCCGUGCUUGAUCUUGCCGGCUCAGCGUGUUCACGACGUCACGGAAACUCCCUAGUGUCUGCCUACGUGUUUCUGAAGGUGCUCUACCUGUUAAAUUCCGUGGGUCAAAUGUUUCUGAUGCAGGCCUUCCUGGGUCUGCCGGACGCCUUUGGCUUGCUCGCCCUGCGCAACAUCAUUGACGGCCAUGACUGGCAGGUGACCCUCGUCUUCCCCCGCGUUGGCUUCUGCUAUACCCCGGUGCGGAACCUGGGUUCAAAGUUC